AUGAACCUGAUGCGCAAAUUGCGUGGGGCGGCUACCUCGGCUUCUUCCGAGACUGCCGAAGCCUCCAGCUCCUCGUCACACGUCCAACUCGGCCUCAUGCAUCUAAAGAAACUCUUCGCAGAGUAUACGCAUCCCCCUCAACCUCUUACAGAUGCCGAAAAAGAUGAUAAACUGUACAAUAUGCUACCACUGUUUUGCAAGGUGUUUGGCACAAGCCCUUCAAGUGAAAUGAAUGAAAAGUUCUGGGACAUCUUAUCAUUUUGUCAACAAGUCUCUAAGCUUAUGGUAUCAGAAAUAAGGAAAAGAGCCAGUAAUCAAAGCACUGAGGCAGCUAGUUGUGCUAUUGCAAAAUUCCUUGAAAUUGAGAAUUCUGAGGAAUCAAGUAAUGGAUGGAUGCUGUUGUCUACAUUAAAUCUGUUGGCUGCUGGUGACCAGUCUUUAAUACAGGUCAUGACAACUGCAUCAAUACCUUCAACACUAGUGAAGUGUUUGUACCUGUUCUUUGAUCUACCUGAAAUACCUGAAUCUGAAGCUGAUGUUCAAGAUGGCAACAGUGAUUUUACACCAAGAGAGAGGCGAAUAUUGUUACAAAAAAUAUUUGUACAGGUACUCGUGAGACUGUGUAGCCAUCCAUUCCCAUGUGAGGAAUUGGCUAGGAAAGAUGAUCUCAGUUUGUUAUUCUCGGCCAUUACGUCGUGGUGUGCUCCUCAUAACAUUAUGUGGAGGAAAUCAGCCGCUGAAGUGCUGAUGACAUUGUCUAGACAUGGGUUAACACAAUCUGUAGUCCAGUACAUACAUAAUAAAGGCUGUGUAGCACUUUGCAUAGAAAAUAUGCAAAGGAUACCUGAAUUAACACCGCUUGAGGUUGUAGAAAUGUUCGUGGCAGUGUUUUGUUUCCUUAAGGACUCAAGUGAAGUUAGUCAAUUAUUAUUGGAUGAUUUCCGUUCUUGUCAAGGAUACUUAUUUCUAUCUGAAUUUCUUCUGAAACAUGAGAGACAAGGUGUGCCUGAUUAUUUAACACCAGGAUUGGAAGAAGAGCGUGUAAGCGGCACAGAAGCGCGCGCAGCCCUUCGGAACCUCGUGCUAAUGAUCUCAUCGCUUUGUGCUUGCGGGUUUUCUGAGCUGCGCCCGACGCGUGCAAACACUGAGCUAUUCCAGCUUCAGGGAUUUGUGCUACCACAACCUUCCACACCAGGCCAGGCAGUUAGGAAUGUCCAAGCUUUCCAGGUGUUGCAAUCUGUCUUCAUGAAGUCAAAUUCCCCUGCGUUAUGUUGCACUAUUCUUGAUGCUAUAUCAAGUGUAUAUCACGCUGAUAACGCCAAUUACUUCAUUCUUGAAAAUCAGAACACACUAAGUCAAUUCUCUGAAAGGAUAUAUAUAAAAAACGCCGAGAUUCAAGAAAAGUUUUUUGAGUUGUUGGAGUUUAUUGUAUUCCAGCUAAAUUUUGUGCCAUGUAAGGAGUUGAUUUCUUUGUCGCUGUUGUUAAAGGCUAAUAGGUCCAGAACAUGCAGCAUAUUAUGCAUGAAGACACUCUUGAACAUUUUGAAACACAAUGCAAUUUUUAAAGACGUAUACAGGGAAGUUGGCAUGUUAGAAGUAUUUGUUACUUGUCUCUCCCGAUACGCUGUAUAUUUAAAAGACAAGCAGAUAUUUGAAGACGAGACUACUAAAAGGGAGGCCACAGUCGAUACUGAAUCGACUGAAAAGGAUCCCAAUGACUCUCCUAAAGCACCUGAAAGAAAGAAAAGACAAUCUUCCAGAACAGAUUCGUUAAUAAGAGAUCCGAAUUUGGAUACUGAAGAAGAAGAACUAGGUUCUUUAGUAAUGGAGGGUUUAACGGCCUUGCUGAAUGCAAACACCAACAAUUGCAAUGUGUUUCGAGAUUGCGGCGGUGCGAAGUGUGUACAUGGAAUGGUGGUUUACGAGUCGUGUAGGAGUAAAGCAUUAGGUGUAAUAAGGGAACUGAUUGUGAGUGGUUCAGGCGAAGAGGAUAUGUCGGCGUUGCUUUGCGGCAUGCACGCUGCUCCUAAUGAUGCUCUAAAACUAAAACUACAUAUACUCAAAGCAUUAUUGGCUUGCUUACGGGACUCACAUCGUACUAGAACUAUAUUUAGAAAGGUGAGCGGUUUCGUGUAUGUCACUAGUGUACUACUUUCAUUGGAAGGCAAACUAAAAGGGAAUGAGCCAAUGGAUAAAGAUAUGUUACAACUGAUACAUAUUGUGUUCUAUACGAUUAGCACGGCGAUGAGAUUUGAACCAGCUAAUGCAAAAUUCUUUCACCAUGAGAUAUGUAUGACAACUCUUUGUAACACAAUACGCCUGUUAGGCUGCUUCGUAGAAGAUACAGAAUUACAAAAUGAUACUGAACCAGGCGACACAGAACUCUAUGAAGUCUUUCAUGAAAUAUUUACUGGAAAUAUAUUGGAGAUGACGUUCCCAGAAAAAGUGCCAGUAGUAUUCGUCCACGCGUGUAUAAUUUUACGUCUGUUGUACGACGUCGCGUUGGACUCAUUCGACAAGCCAACCUUUUGCGGAUCUCUCAAUGUGAAAUCUCCCAGUUUGACACGACAAAGUUCUGCGAUUAAUGAAUCAAAACCGGCUGGUCGCACGGCGCCCCUGAACCUAUCAGUGGGAAGUAAUAACGGUGAGGCGUGGGUGAUUCACUCGGGUGUCGUCAUCGUGUUGGCGAAACUUCUACCUGCCUUGCCGAGACUGCCGGAGCACGAGGCCUAUGCGAGGGCUAUUCGUGAUUAUUUAGCGCACGUACUGAAGAGCUUAGUUAGAAGCGAACGCAACCAGCAAGUGAUGUGCUCGGCGGGGCUGGCGGGCGUGGUGCUGCGCGUGUGCGGCGCGGCGCUGCGGGCCGAGCGCCACCCGCUGCACGCGCCCAACAUGUACAUGCUCGAGCGGCUCGCCGCGCACGCGCUGCGCCCCGCCGACCUCAGGGAAUUCCUACGAAUGGGCAACCCUUUGAACUGUUUAGCACCAGAACCAGGACAAGUUUGCAAAUCGGGGGGGCCGGUGCCGCUAACAAGGAUCAAGACUUUAGUGUCUAUGACUACACCACGGGAUUACAGGUCUCAAAAUUCCUGCACCUUACCUCCGUUCGUUGAGUUUGAUAUGUCAGCUGAAGGCUUUGGUUGCCUUUACCUGCCUAGCAUCGCACCGCAGUCCGCCAAUUUAAACGCACUGGGAACUCAAGACAAUGCUACCUUGGGUGGCAUUGGUUCAGGUGAUAGAGUAUUCCCUCCACAAACCGGUCUAACAUAUUCCACUUGGAUAUGCGUGGAGAAGUAUUCGGACCCACGUUCGGAUCCACACUGCGUACGACUACUGACCCUCGUGAGGAACAUUAACAACAGUCGCGACGAACAUCUCGUUUGUUUGACAGUGGUGCUGUCUGCGAGGGACAAAGCGAUCAUUGUUUCUACACAAGAAACGCUAGUUCCACACAAUGUAGGUGAGUGGGAGCCGGAAGGAUCAGGCGAAUGCGGAGCGCGGGUUUGGUGCCCGGAUUUGCAACACGAAGGGCAGUGGCACCAUUUGGUGCUUGUUCUCAAUCGUGCUGUGCUGAAAAAUUCGUCGUUCUCCUUAUAUUUAGAUGGUCAGCAUAUGCAUUCGGGCAAAUUGCACUACGUCAGUGCCAAUCCUGGUGGAGGUGCAGCGACACUUUCCGGAGCCUCAAGUGUGUACUGCGUACUUGGGACACCACCUCAUUGGAGGAGAUAUUCCAAACUAGUAUGGCGGCAGGGACCUGCCUUAUUGCUGGAAGAUGUAUUGCCAGCGCAAACAGUGUCAAUAAUGUACCAACUUGGUCCCCACUAUGUUGGUACUCUACAAGCUCCCCUGCCUCCCGGACAGUACCAGGAGCCUCUUGCCCCUUUAGUCGCUGAAGAAAAAGUUGUAUUCGGCAUCAAUGCACGUGCUAUGUCACAAUUAACAUUAGCCAAAAUACGGAAGGUGUAUAGCAAGAAUGAUAACAAAGCUAUUGCUAAGAUGCUUGGAAUGUCUUCUCAUGAAAAUGCUACGCCUAUUAGGAUAUUACACAAUUCUGCCGGACACCUGAUAGGACCCGCACGAUGUUUGGGUGGUACUGUUGUUGGCUAUUUAGGCGUUAGAGUAUUUUGUCCUAAACCUGCUGCGAUAAUGAUUGACACAGUUGGCGGAUGUUCAGUAUUAUUGGGAUUAAUAGCCAUGUCUCAAGAUGUAGAAUGCUUAUACGCUAGCGUGAAGGCGCUCGUAUGUGUAGUGCGAUCUAACAAGGCGGCCCAAGCAGAAAUGGACCGGCGUAAAGGAUAUCAAACGUUAGCCAUGUUACUGAAGAGGAAAAAGCAAUUGCUCAAUUCACACAUACUCCAUCUUAUAUUUGGUCUUGUCGGAACCGUUGAUAGUCAAAAGGAAACUUCUUCUAUUCCUAAUUUAACUGCGUUUCAGGAUUUAAUUUGUGAAUUAGAAGUAUGGCUCGGCGCUCCAGGUGGAUUAAUAAAAUCUCUUCUCGAACAUUUAUUGGAACUGGCGACAGAGACAGCACACAGAACGCACAACUUACGCACAAUGAGAGAUCUGCAGCUAGUCUCAAAACUUCUCAAUAUUAUCAAUGACGUCAAAGUCGUAAGCACAAGAAACGUUCUCAUCCAAUUACUCGCAGCUUUACUCGGAGGACAGCCGCGACCGAGUGACUUGCUAUGUUUAGGACAAUUUAUGGCUUUCACUUUGCCUCUGCCUUCGCAAACAGAGAAAGGAGUGUGCCUUAGAGAGAAUGAUAGCGAGAAAGAAGGCGAAGGUGAACAAAUAAUUCUACGCAAUAAAUGCUUUAAUGUAUUACAUGGACUACUUUUUACGGCGAGAAACUUAGUGAAUACUAUCGUGUGUGAAGAAAUAUCAAAAGUGUUGGGCAUGGAUUGGCUGCUAAGUUUUAUGUUGGAGAAUGUUCACCCUUCCACAGUCCUCUGGGCUCUCAGGAUAUUAGUCGUCUUGUGUUCUGGUCAAGGUCAACAAUCAACUAUAAUGCAAAGGUUUCGUGAAGGCGUCGGUAAUGGCGGCUGGUUGAGGCACACAGAAAUAAUUGCGCAGUCUCAGCAAACAGGCGUCGUGCUCUCUACCACCGUGCAUUCUAAUUCACACCUUCACACUUCACUGUUGCACACUUCUGGAUUCACCCUAAUGGCAUGGCUGACACCGGCACACCUAACGAUCCCAGAGCUAUACUACCUUCUGUUCGGACUGGCCCUCGGGCAGCCCAUGCGCGUGUCGUGCAGCGAGCGCGUGGUGUCCGUGGAGCGCGUGUGGGGCGCGGCGUGGGGCGCCGCGGCCCCUGCGCGCCAGUCGCCGGCGGCGCUGUCCGCCAGGAUCACCCUGUGUCCCGACGCCGUGGUCGUGCUACUCGCUUUAGUCCGCGCGCUCGUGCACACGGACAAGUCGGCCGUGCCGGAUUGGCUCGUGGACCAUCCCGUUGCCAUUGUACAGGUUUUAUUCUCCUUGUACAAUACGCUGCCCGAUUUCGUACCGAUUAUGAUGACUGCAGAAGUUUUGACAUCAUUAGCUGCAAUACUAUUUCCACCAAACUCACAAGACGAUAUUCAUAUGCCAAUAUGUGAGUCGGGGGAAAGUUCGGGCGCGUCUACACCAGGAUCAGAGAAGGAAGUAGUGAUUGGCACCGGUAACGUGUCAUGCGCACUCACGCAACACCCAGUACGACAGGGGGUCAUGGAUUUUCUGCGAGUUAUCGUUCUAGAUUCGCUGCCUCUCAACGUCACUGGGAAAACAGCUCCGGUUAUCGAUCUGGUUUUAGACGCAUCACCUCAAAACUCAACAAGUCAACAACAGAUCGAAUACCAAACUGACGUUCUCACAACACUCAUGGAGAAUUUACUGAAUACGGAGCUCUUUGGAUCGGAACCUAAUAUAUCCAAUGUCUGUUACUUAGCUGCCAGAUUGGUAGAUAAGUUAUGGCAGGGGCAACUAUCACGAGAUCCUCACGAAGUAUUUGACUUCAUAGUAAAACUAAUAACGCAGGCGAAAAAAAAAUCAUCGGUGAUAUCUUUAGAAGGGUUGCACCAUUGUUUGAAUCGAACUAUAUUAUUCCUUCUAUCACGGUCAACAGACUCAAUCGCCGAUCAAAUGUCCGUUUUGGAGGCUUUACAUAAACUGACAACCAAUAGGUUACUGAUAUUUGGAGCUGGCAACCACGAGCUUGAGUUCAUUGGAUGCUUAACUUAUUGCUUGCUGCAAUUGAGCUCCAACAUGAAAAUUGCACUGGAUUCGCACAUGCGAACUACCUGGCAUGUUAACCCUAGCGGUGAUUUGGAAUCCCGGGAUGAUAGACUUACUACACACCAAGGACGUAACCUGAUGGCUGGUGCUGCUCGCCGCGUGUGGGAAGAGUUAUACGUUUGUAAAAAGCCGGCUAUAGAGGAGGUAUUCAAAAUAACGCUAGUGCUGCCCGUAGGGAACGCGCGGGCGCCCGACCUCGGGGCUGUGAGGGAACAACUCAGCGAGAGUGCUCAUAAAUUGUGGAUUAAUUACAUUGAUACUGAGCGAAAGGCCACAUAUCGCGUGCCAUGGGAGCUACACAACCAGAUUCAGUCCAAAAUUCAAAAGGUAACCGGCGGUUUGACGCGACUUGCAUCUAGAACUAAAGUAAAGAAGGAAGACUCGGCUAAACAGCGACCCAAUCCGCCACGAGAUCACGCUCUUGCUUAUAUGCAGGAUCAUGUACAACUAGUUAGGCAAGCGUGGUGCGCGUCGGUGGCGGGCGCGUCCAACACGCGCGCGCACACGUCGCGCUACGUGCAGGCGGAGUGGGCGGGCGCGUGGCGCGAGCUCACGCGGGAGCGCGCGCUGUGGGGCCCGCCGCGCGCCAGCGCGCUCGACAAGUGGGCCCUCGACAGCACCGAAGGGCCCUCGAGAAUGCGCAAGAUGUUGCGCCGGAACCAUCUCUUCUACCUGCAGUACCCGUACCGACCCGAUCUCGACGACCCAGACAACAAACAACUAAAGUACAAAGUGGCCCAGAGUUUAGACAGCAAAGAAUACUAUCGCGUAUACCAACAAUUCCGGACGGCAGGCAACAAUUUAGGCGAAGCCGAAAGUGUGGAAACCUCCGACUUACCCGAAACAACUCAAGAACCGGCCAGCCGAGAAACUUCCCUCGAUGUGGCUAAUGGCGAAGGAUCACCUUCAGAUCUCGUCACCAGCGGCGUUGUAAGCCGAGGCACGAACAGUCAGUCUUCCGGUGAAGCAAAUGAAGAUGGUCCUGACAAUGAGGACGAAGAUGAACAACCGACUCCACCACCAGAUAACCAAACACUUCUUAGGUUAUUAGAACACCACGAGAAGAUUACCCACAUGUUCCGCUGUGCAAGGAUACAAGGCUUGGAUACUACAGAAGGUCUACUACUAUUCGGUAGAGAGCACUGCUACGUUAUCGAUGGCUUUACGUUGCUAAAGAAUAGAGAAAUACGUGACUUGGACAGUUGUCCUGAUGACUAUGAACCAAUAUUACCAAGUCAAGGCAUACAGCGAAGCAAUCAGAGACAAUGUUCCAAAUUCUUGUAUGAAGAUAUUCGGGAAGUUCACAAAAGGAGAUAUUUGCUACAACCAAUAGCGUUAGAAGUCUUUUCAAGUGACGGCCGAAACUACUUACUCGCUUUUCCUCGAAAAGUGCGAAAUAAGGUAUACAGUAGAUUUACAGCUUUAGCAACGGGUAUGGCAGACAGUGCGGCGGGUUCCGUGGCGGGCCAGAAGCGCGGCGUGGCCGUCGAGCAACCCGGCGGUCUGCUUGCCACGCUUAUUGGUGACACAUCUGUUACGCAACGAUGGCUGAGAGGCGAAAUCUCCAACUUCCAAUACUUGAUGCACCUGAACACGCUGGCGGGUCGAUCGUACAACGAUUUGAUGCAAUACCCGGUAUUUCCUUGGAUCUUGGCCGACUACGACUCGCUGGAGUUGGACCUUAAUGAUCCGGCUACCUUCAGGGAUUUAACCAAACCAAUGGGUGCACAGAGCACGGAUAGAUUGGACCAAUUUAGGAAAAGAUAUAAGGAAUGGGAUGACCCCCAUGGUGAAACGCCACCUUAUCAUUACGGAACACACUAUUCAUCAGCUAUGAUCGUGUGUUCAUAUCUAGUGAGAAUGGAGCCAUUUACUCAACAUUUCUUGAAACUACAAGGCGGACAUUUUGAUUUGGCUGAUAGAAUGUUUCACUCGGUCAAAGAGGCUUGGAACUCGGCAUCAAGACAUAACAUGGCUGAUGUGAAAGAGUUAAUACCAGAAUUUUUCUACUUGCCUGAGUUUUUAGUGAAUUCCAAUAACUUUGAUUUAGGUUACAAGCAAUCAGGGGUAGCACUUGGCGAUGUAGUAUUGCCACCCUGGGCCCGCGGUGAUCCCAGGGAGUUUAUCCGCAUGCAUCGUGCUGCUCUAGAGUCAGAUUAUGUGUCUCACCGCCUGCACCACUGGAUCGAUCUCGUCUUUGGUCAUAAGCAGCAAGGACAACCUGCCGUUGACGCUUGCAAUGUGUUCCACCAUCUGUUCUAUGAGGGAAACGUUGAUAUUUACAAUAUCGACGAUCCAUUAAAGAAGAACGCAACGAUUGGUUUCAUAAAUAAUUUUGGUCAGAUACCAAAGCAGUUAUUCAAGAAGGCGCAUCCUAGCAAAAAAAUGUCUCAACGGAGUUCUACGAUACUGGAUCCAAAUAACAUAAUACCAUCACAGGGUAUUACACCACCGGAAAAAUUGUUCUUUCACAAUCUUGAAAACUUGAGGCCUUCUUUACAACCUGUCAAAGAAGUAAAAGGGCCGGUAGGACAGAUACUGUACACAGACAAAGCUAUAUUAGCAGUGGAACAAAACAAAGUGUUGAUGCCGCCAACCUAUAACAAGUACGUGGCUUGGGGAUUCGCGGACCACUCACUGAGGAUCGGCAACUAUGAUAACGAUAAAGCUAUAUUUGUAUGCGAGACUGUUGCUCAAGCUUGCGGUGAGAUCGUCACUUGCGUGUGCCCCUCUGAUAAGACUAUAGUUACUGCUGGUACUAGUACAGUGGUCACAGUAUGGCAGUACUGGGCCCGACGACGUCGGCUUGCCGUCAAAGUAUGUCUCUACGGUCACGAAGAAGCUGUUACAUGUUUAGCCGCGAGUCCAGCGUACAACUUGGUGGUGAGCGGCAGUCGGGAUGGACAGGCUAUCGUGUGGGACGUGGAGCGAGGGACCUUCAUUAGGCAGCUAUUGCCCCCUCAGUCGUAUGGGCCGCCACCACCUGUGUCAGCGCUGGCUAUUGACGAUCUUACUGGUGAUAUAGCGACAUGCAGUGGCAGCUGGCUAUACGCGUGGUCUAUCAACGGCGAGUUGCUCGGCGCUGUGGACACGAUAGGGGGACGCGAGCGGACGCAACAAGUCUUGUGUGUCGCCUUCAGCGAGAACAGAGAGUGGGAUCCACUCAAUGUUAUCAUUACAGGCUCCACUGAUGGAGUUGUUCGGAUGUGGUCGAUAGACUACGUGGCGGAAACAGCAGAGGAACAAAUCGAAAGUAUAGAAGGAGAAAGUGUUGAACCCACUUCUAGUUCUAUAGCCAAAGAUAAUGAAAAAAGCAAGUUGUCUGUACAAGUUAGCGAAGAUACUAAGUCUGAAAAUGAGGUGAAAUCGGAGAGCGAAACGAAGACUGAAGAAAUAGAGCCUUGUGACAGGGAAGCAGCUAUCAAGAGGGUCGAGGAACUCGUUAAACAAAUGAGCUUGUCACAUGAAAAUGAAGGGGGAAAUAUCACAAAGUCUGGUUCAGAAAGCUCUCUAUCAGACGCCUGUGAAACCACUAGCGCCAAAGAGUCUGCCAGAAGACAUGACGAAAAGGAUAUUUGUAGUGAUAAUGAAGAAACGCAACAAUACACCGAACAAAAAGAAGAUCAUGUUGAUUCUUGUGAUGAAGCGCAACAAGAGUAUGACAAUGAGAAAGACUUAGAAUUAGAGAAGGAAGAUAAAAGGUGCAAGUUGCAGAAACAAGGGAAUGUCGUACUUCGAAGGAAGUCAAAGACGAAUCCUUUAUAUCGUAAAAGUGGUGGCAGCAUAGGGGAGUCGAGUGAGACAUGUUCGAUGGAGACUGGAGGUGGUGGGGCAGUAGAUACGAGUACUGAAAGCGCUCUCAGAACAAGCAAAUCGGAUACCAGCCUCUCGGACUCGUUUGUAGUGAUAUCCGCACCGGCUUCACCCGCACCCGUACAAAAAGCGAAGAUGACACAACCCACCGUCGAUACAGUAUCAUCAAUAAAGUGGAUUCGUCGACUGGUCCUGCGCGGCAAGCUCACUAUGCACACAGCUUACGAGCGGCGAGACAAUGCUUGCCCUGCCUCCGUCACCGCAGUCGCAGCAGCUAGGACUGGCCGAGGACUGGCGGUCGGAGACGCCAGAGGACGGAUUUUCCGGUGGUCAGCCCCGGACAUGUCAAGCGCUUCGGGUGCAAAGGGCGGUCCGGCCGAUCAUUGGAUACGGGACGAUACCGCUCCCUUUUGUACACAAUGCCAGGUGCGGUUCACGGCGCUGGAGCGGCGCCACCACUGCCGCGAGUGCGGCGCCGUGUUCUGCGGGCGCUGCUCGCGCUACGAGGCGCCCGUGCGCCGCCUGCGCGCGCUGCGGCCCGUGCGCGUGUGCCAGCGCUGCCACGACCACAUCAACGCGCGCAGGGACUAG